GUCGCACGGACCUGGGCAAGGGAGUCAGGGCAAGGAGCGUGAUAGAGAGAAAGAGGGGAAACAGGCGAGUAUGGACGGAGCAUUGCGAGAGGUUGUGUCUGCGUCGCUUGCCUCCCAUCUGUAUGACAAUGCCGUGUUUUACGCCCAGAGACUGGUGGCCCAGGCUCCCAGCGAGGACUCGCGCUUCCUCCUGGGCACAGCCUUCUACUCUGCCGGCCAACUACGGGCGGCUGCCACAGUGCUCAGCACGCUCAACUCGCACAGAGCUCGCUAUCUCUAUGCUCUAGCAAGUCUCAAAAUUGGGGACCUCCACCAGGCUGAGAAGGCUCUCCUGCUCAACCUCCGUCUCCCGCCCAACGCCCUCGCCGGCACCCAGCCCUCUGUCGCACACGCCGCCACCGCCACCGCUUCCGCUCACUCUCGGGCUGAUCCCACUCCAACAACACCAUCCGGUGUGCAGGCGCAUCCCGACCUCGAGGGCGAGGGCGAGGGCGAGGACGAGAACGAGGAGACUGCCCAUGGCUUUGCUGCGGCCUACUACCGCAAGGCGCUUGAGGCCAAUCCCUUCCUCUUUACCGCCUACGAGCGGCUGGUGGAGCUCGGCGCCGACGUCGAUCCCACCGAGUUCUACGGCAUGCCCUCGGUUCCCAUUCCUGCCCCGCAGCCCGAGCCGGCGUACUCGGGCUUGGCGUCGGUGGCGGCUGCCUUUGCGCGCCCGCCACCAGCCGCUGUGGGCGCCCGCGAUGCCGACGCGGCUCUGGCCGGAAUGGACAAGGUCCGACCGCGCGUUGGCUCGCCGUCGCUAGACUUGGCGUCAAACCUCCGGUUCACGCCCAUGGACCGCGGCGUGACCUCGUCGGCGCUGUUUUCCGGCCCCGAGUACGGCCUGCACACGCCGUCGGUCUCGUCGUCGAUGCGGGUGAUGCCGACUCCCGCGUCGGGUGCGCUCAACACGCCGAUGGCGGGCUCGCUCGCGCUUCCGGCGUCGGUGGCCCGCGCCACCGGUGCGUUUGUGACGCCCUCGCCUGGUGGGGCGGCCAUCACGCCGUCGGGAGGCGGCGUGCCACCGCCGCGCCUCGCGCCGCGCCGCAAGCGCCCGCCGAGCUACACCCCGGCGUCGGCGAAUCUGUCGCCGAUGCACAAGCCGCCGCGGGCACCGCGGUACCGGCGGCGCGCGCGGUUUGCCGGCCUCGACGACGACGAAGACGACGACGAUGCGCCGUUGCUUGUUGGGAUGCGGACGCGGUCGAGCACCCGCGCCGGCGUCGCUGCCACCACCGACUCGGACGAGGACGAGCAGCGGGCGGUGGCUGAGGUGGCAGUCCCGCUGCGGAUGGCGGCUCGGAAUGGAGAGCGGGCUGGCACUCGCGGUGGUGCCCAUACCCGCACAGGCGCGGUGCUUGAGUCAGCACCGAUGGCGGCAGUCUCGCCCGCGUCCGAGCCGACCGCACUGCCAGCAGUGCCUGUUGCGACGCGCAAGGGCAACAACGAGCUGCGGUCGCUGCUGGUGGUGAUCGGUGAGGGCCUGCGCCAGCUGCGGUCGUUCCGGGCCCGCGAGGCCAUUUCGGUGCUCAAGGCGCUGCCACGGGCACAUUACGAGACCGGGUACGUUCUGGGCCUCGUCGGCCGUGCGCUGUUUGAGCUCGUGCUCUACCCUGAGGCGGCACGGGUGUUUGAGGAAGCGCGAAAGCGCGAGCCGUACCUGAUGGAGGGGAUGGAGUACUACUCGACAGCACUGUGGCACCUCCAGCGGCCUGUCGAGCUCUCUUACCUGGCGCAGUCGCUGCUUGCAGUCUCGCGCGAGGCGCCGCAGGCCUGGUGCGCGCUUGGCAACUGCUUCUCACUGCAGAAGGAGCACACAACAGCGCUCAAGUUCUUCAAGCGCGCGCUCCAGCUCGACGCCAACUUUGCGUACGGGUACACCCUCGCCGGACACGAGCUGGUGGCCAACGAGGACUUUGGCAAGGCCAUGGCAUGCUUCCGCAACGCGAUCCGAGUUGAUCCGCGGCACUACAACGCGUGGUACGGCAUCGGACUCAUUCUGCUGCGGCAGGAAAAGCACGCCAUGGCUGCCUUCCACUUUCGCAAGGCCAUCACCAUCAACGCCCGCUCCUCGGUCCUCUACUGCUACCUCGGCAUGGUCCAUCAGGCUUCGGGUGCGCUCGGUGACGCGCUGGCCAUGCUCGACCUCGCUGUCCAGAUCGACACCAAGAAUCCGCUGGCCCGGUUCAAGCGAGCUGGCGUCCUCAUGGCCAUGGCCGACUACGAGGCCGCGCUGGAAGAGCUGGCCAAGCUCCGCGAGUAUGCGCCCAAGGAGGCAACGAUCUACUUUAUGACCGGCAAGGCUCACGCCCUACUCGGCAACUACGACGCGGCGCUCGGCAACUACCACAUCGCCCUCGACCUCGAUCCCAAGUCGGCAUCGAUGACUAAGAAGGCCAUCGAGAACCUCAAGGCCGGUAUGCCGCCGCCGUGGCUCUGCCAGUGGCAACAGGUUGAGACCAAAGUCGGGACGGCAUCGGAAGCGGGGGCGGUCGGCAUCGACUUCAUCAGCAUCAAGAGCAGCAAGGUCAUCCUCAUCUUCAUCAUCAUUCUCAUCAUCAUCAUUAUCAUCAUCUCCACCAUCAUCGGGAUCUCCAUCAUCAUUGCUGUCGUCUUCAUCAUUGCUGUCGUCUUCGGCAUCGCGGUGGUCGUCGUCGUCGUCGAGCUGCGGCGGCUCGUCGUCGAUCUCGAGAUGCCCAAUGUGGCGUUCCAUCUGGAUAAGGCUGCAGCAAGGCCAAACAAGGCGACAAUAAGGCGGAUUGCGACAAUAAGGCGGAUUCUACAUCCAGUGGCUCUGGUUAAUCCGUAUGCGCAUCGGCUGCGCAAGGCCGAGGCCGAGUUCAUCGCAGGCUCGGCAUCGGCUUCAGCCUGGGUUGUCAAAGCCUACAAGCGCAUGCUGGCGUUUUACGGGUGGCGGCUCGUCGACGAGGAAACAGGUGAGGUUGCCCGGCUCAAGUCGCGAUCGGCGCAUCGCGAGCGCAUGAUCAACCUUACCACCCACACACACAACUACCGCCGCAUCACACGCAUCCUCGCUUCUCUUGGCCACUGCGGCUUUGCACGCUACAAAGAGCAGCUGGUCACCUUUCUCGGCGCCCAGAUCAAGGCCGCCAAGGCUCUGCCUCGCCCACCGAAGCGGCCAAAGCGUCCGUCCCGCAAGUCGUCGCGCAAGGCGGUCAAGGCGUACCGCGCCGAGCUGCGAGCGCACACCAAGGCGCGCCGCAAGUAUCGCAAGUCGGUGGCUGGCAGCUACGCGCUGCUCAAGUCGUCAUACAAGCGGUUCUGGGCCCCGACGGUGGCGUACGGCAACAAGCGGGCAUACAAACGGGCCACCGCAGCGUCGCCAUCGGAGCGGCGGCGGCUCUCGGUCUUCUUCCGCUCGUGAGCGCGUGG